GGUUGUGUUUGUUAUUAGAAUGGCCGGAAUCCAAUAGGCAAUUGCGACUGUCCUGGUGUUUGAUGUGACUGGACUGUCACCGAUAUUUGGCCCGACCACUUCUGCAUGCGCCAAAUAUCCAUCUGCGAUGAAGAACACGCCAAUCGAUGCAGUUUCACUACGUAUGAUAAACCCAAGGGUUGCUCUGCUGAAGGCAAAAACAGCAAGUACCCCUCAGUCCCCCGGAGGGGCAAUGGUGAAAGGCGAAGAGUCGUUGGAUGAUUGGUGGUUUGCAAAUGAGUGGAAAAGCCAAUCCUUCGAGUCGAGUAAACAUGGACAAUGUGAUGUAGCACGUACUGAUUGUUUGUUGAUGGCGUUGGAAGAUGGGGAUGUUGAGCAAGGCGGAGGGAGAAAACAGAUGACGGGAUCCAAACGCUUUGAGGGGAAAUGAAGAUCUUACCUGAGUAUCUUUUUAUGAUAUUAAUUUAAGUGUUUA